AUGUUGUCUCCCAUGAGGCCGUCAGUGCCGUCCACCUCACUGUUGCGCUUUCUGCGCUCACAGUCUGGGUUCGUCGGCCCUUCAACAUGCGUUCGCCCCAAGCCUCGGGCCCUGUCUCAUGAAGGCUUCGCGACAGGAUCAUUGCGCAGAUCCUCAAACUGGGCACGUUCUGGCAAGUUAGAGGCCUGCCCGACCCUCGAUACUGGACUCGUCAGCAUCCAUGGUGCGAGACCGAAGCCAGCAGUGCCAUCUCUUAUCCCUGAACAGCUUGUUCUUACCCGACACGCCUCGACAAACCGUCGACCACUUCUCCGACGACUGUUCGACUUCAAACGGAAUAAAGCUGCCGAAUACCAGAAAGCUCGCAAUCUUGGGCCUACACUGAUUGACGAUGGAGGGGAGGGCAUUUUCAACAUCGGCCGUGGGCUAGCGGCCAAAGCCUCAAACGAGCUGCGGAUACGAUGCACUGAAUUCGACAUGAACGGGAAUGUCACUCUGGUUAGCGGAGAGUUUCGGAAAUCGGAGUUGAUUGCCAAGUACGGCUUGCUUCCCCGAGAUCUUCGCAAGAUUGAUUCUUCUACACUCCCUCACAUUUUGGUCAGACCGAGCGCCAUCCUGAUCAAUCUGCUCCAUCUCCGAGUUUUGAUCAAGGCGGAUCGAGUGCUUGUCUUUGACGCAUAUGGAUCGCAAGACUCCUACAUGCAGUCACUAUUCAUCUAUGACCUGGAAGGAAAACUACGCCAUAAACAACCGCAGGGUGCACAGGCUGGGCAAGCUUUGUCCUAUGAAUUUCGCGCACUCGAAGCUGUUCUCAUUAGCGUCACAACUGGUUUAGAGGAGGAGUUCAAUGGUGUGAGGGACCCGGUCGUUCGAGUUCUCCGCGCGCUCGAAGAAGAUAUCGAUCGCGAUAAGUUGCGACACCUUUUGAUCUACUCCAAGAAACUUGGCACUUUCGAACAAAAGGCUCGUCUGGUACGAGAUGCGAUUGAUGACCUGCUUGAGGCAGACGAUGACCUUGCUGCCAUGUAUUUGACUGAACGGUCUACUGGCAAGGAGCGAGACGAGGAUGACCAUCAAGAAGUUGAAAUGCUGCUGGAGUCAUACCAUAAGGUGUGCGACGAGAUUGUUCAGGCCAGUGGUAACCUGGUGACCGGGAUUCGCAACACGGAAGAAGUGGUCAAAGCAAUUCUAGACGCCAACCGCAACUCACUCAUGCUGCUAGACUUGAAGUUUAGCAUCGGAACCCUCGCUCUAGCCGCCGGAACCUUGUUCUCUGCCCUCUACGGAAUGAACUUGAAGAACUUCAUUGAAGAAUCCGACUUUGGCUUCGGUGGUGUUUCAGCCAUCUGUUUCGCUCUCACCGGAGUCGUUAGCGUGUACGGACUUGCCAAACUACGCAAGCUCCAGCGCGUUCGGAUGUGGGGCGAGUCCGGCGUCGGAGGCACCUCUCUGACACCACUGACCCCUAGAGGUGCAAUGGGUAGCAACCGCACCAAUUGGCGCGCCGAUUCUAUCGAGCCAGUCUGGGGAAGUCUUCCAGGCGAAGCACGAUCCGAGCGCAUUAGAAGACUUCGCGAGAAUGCCGCUGCGGGUGCUGCCAAUGCCGCUUCGCGAACCCCCGGAGCCAGUUUCUCAGCUGCCACUACCGCCGCCAGGGCCUUUGACGACACUUUGCGGAAUGAACAAAUUUCGUCAAAGAAGAAAGAUAGCGCUUCGCAAGACGAACCUGCCAAGUCAGAUACUACGGGCAAGGCUCCCUUUUAG